GAGCAACCCGGUGUAGUUAGUGAUACCUCACCAGCAGCAACACAAUUAGAAAGAUGCUCUCCUCGCAGAGGCAGUUUCUUCUCCCCAUCCUGGGGCUCCUGGCCAUGGCCGGAACAACCCUCGGCGGCCUCAGGGAGGUGCACAACGUCUACGAGAUGUCGGGCCAACCUGCCAUCAAGCCCAGGUUCUCGACGGAUGUGGCCAACAACAAGUACACCCCGGAAGAGAUGGAUCCUCAAUUCUGGUACUCACUCGCCGACGAGGAGAUAGAGAAGCGUCUCGCUUUGCCCCAGCCCAGUCCCGUGAAGGCUAAGAAUGUGAUUAUGUUCCUGGGCGACGGUAUGCCCCUGGCCACCGUUGCAGCUGCUCGAAUCCUGAAGGGACAGCGUCAGGGCAAGACCGGGGAGGAGUCCUCGCUGAGCUUCGAGCGGUUCCCCCAUACGGGAUUGAGCAGGACCUACUGCGCUAAUGCCCAGGUACCCGACUCUGCCUGCACGGCCACCGCCUAUCUGUGCGGCGUAAAGACCAACAUCAUCAAUAUCGGAGUCAGUGCCGCCGUGAACUACAACAACUGCACGGCUAGCCAGAAUCCUGCUAACCGUCUGACCUCCAUUGCCGAAUGGGCUCAGAAUGCCGGCAAGUCUACGGGAAUCGUGACCACCACUACCUUAACCCAUGCCAGUCCUUCGGGAGCGUAUGCCAAGACCGCCAAUCGAAUGUGGGAGUGUGACACGGAUGUGACUAGCUACGGCGCCGAUGCCAGCACCUGCAUCGAUAUGGCCACUCAGUUGGUGACACAAACGCCCGGCAAGAACUUUGAUAUCAUGUUUGGCGGCGGCAUGGGCAAGUUCCUGCCCAAGAGCAUCAAGGAUAGCCACGGAAACGCCGGAGAGCGAUCCGAUGGCGUUAACCUGCUGGGCCGCUGGCAGGGACUACACGACAACGGAGUCCUGGUUACCAACCGCAAUCAGCUGCUCAGUGUUAACGUCUCUCGUGUGUCCAGCAUCGUUGGCCUCUUCCAGUCCAAGCUAAUGAACUUCCACAUGGAUGCGGAUGCCACCUACCAGCCCACUCUCUCCGAGCUCACCGAGGUGGCCAUCAAGAAGCUGAGUCAGAACGAAAAUGGAUACUUUGUGUUCAUUGAAGGUGGUCUCAUUGACUAUGGCAAUCACUACACCCAACCAGGCUAUGCUCUGGAUGAGACCCUGGAAUUCGAGAAGGCCAUUCAACUUGCGCGGGAUAUGACCAACAUCGAGGACACUUUGAUUGUGGUGACUGCUGAUCAUGGUCAUGCUGUCAGCAUUGCCGGAUAUCCUGGCCGUGGAACGCCCAUUUUGGGACUCAAUCAGCAUGACACCGAUCUUAAUGGCGUGAAGUACGCCGUGCUCAACUACGCUGCCGGUCCCAACCAGUAUCUGGACGAGACCGGACAGCGCAUUCCCCUGGACGACAUCCUCGUUUCCGAUGACGCAAUUGCACCCAGUUACAUUGCCAAGGACCAGGGCGUGCACUCUGGCGAGGAUGUCGGCAUCUGGGCAUCCGGUCCCCAGAGUCACCUCUUCACCGGCGUGAUGCAGCAGAGCACCAUUCCCCAUCUGAUGGCCUAUGCCUCGUGCGUCGGAAGCGGAAAAAAGGUGUGCGAUCGGCAGUGAAAGACGCGAUGCCAGGAAAAUUCACUUACAAGACUCAGGGAAAACUUAGCAAACUUUUAAUGAUGACGAUGUCCGAAUAUAGGGCAUAUUUUAUUAUUUUUUCAGCAAGACUCCACAUUUAAGUCUUUAAUAAAAAAAUGUACUAAGCAAUUUAAAAUCUU